AUGUCUUCAACCGAUAAUUCCUUGAAAUCGAGCCGAACAUCGAGUGGGCGCAGUUCGCCGGAUUCGGGGAUUCAGAGUUUCGAUGGCGAUGCCAAGAUCGAUGAGAUUUGCGACAAAAUGAAUCAAACUUAUGAGAAUUUUGAGGUCAAAGGUGAGGAUUUUUAAAAAUUUUUAAAAUUUUGAAAUUCAAAAAAAUUUUUUUAAAAUUUAAAAAUUUUUUGAAAUUUCAAAAAAAUUUAAAAUUUUUAGAAGAAAUGGCCAAAACUGAAGACGAUACUUGUACCAUCGAAGAAUUCGUUGACGAAAACGCUUCGGUGAUAGAUAAUGGAAACGAGGAGACAGCAAAGAAACUGACCAAAGGCUACAGGAGAAGACAGAGACGGAAUAGGGCCAAACAGAGAGUAAGUGGUACAGAAUGGUACAGUAGUAAUAUAUUAUAA